AGGAGGGAGGGGAGGCGGAAGAAGCGCGUCUUAGUUGGAGCGGCUCCCCCGCCCGCUCUGCUCUCUUUCCCGUGCAGUCGGACCUGCAGGUACGCCGGGAGCUCUUUGCUUCUAACAGCCGGGUCCGCAAGAAGCGGCUUCCCUAGCCCAGUCCGAAGUUGCCAUCCCCGCGAAAAAUGGCUGCGAUCCCGGCUUUCUCCGCCGCCGCCGCCGCCGCCUCGUUGCGCCGGCGGCUCCUGCUCUUGCUUCUGCUUCAUUUCCCCGUCGCGCUCUGGCUGAAGGGCAACGGCUGUGUCGCCGGCACACCGGAGGAAGCGGCGGCGAUGCCCAGCUCGUCCCCCCUGCCGGAAUCCGCCUUGCAGAAACCCACCGUCUUCUUGGCCAUCCUCGCCAGGAACGCUGCCCGCUCCUUGCCCCAUUUCCUCGGCUGUCUGGAGAGGCUGCGCUACCCGAAGCACCGGAUCGCCAUCUGGGUGGCCACUGAUCAUAACAUUGACAACACAACCGCCAUGCUGCGAGAAUGGCUGAAGAAUGUACAAAAACUAUACCACUAUGUCGAAUGGAGGCCAAUGGAUGACCCUCAGUUUUACCCAGAGGAAAUUGGACCGAAGCACUGGCCAAAUUCCAGAUUCACUCAUGUGAUGAAACUAAGGCAGGCUGCUCUGAGAACUGCAAGGGAAAAGUGGUCUGACUAUGUCAUGUUCAUCGAUACUGACAAUUUUCUGACAAACUCAGAAGUAUUGAAUCUCAUGAUAGCAGAGAAUAAAACUCUUGUGGCCCCAAUGCUUGAAUCUCGAACUCUUUACUCUAACUUCUGGUGUGGAAUGACACCUCAGGGCUAUUACAAGAGGACACCAGAUUAUCCUCUGAUCAGGGAAUGGAAGAGAACUGGUUGCUUUGCGGUCCCAAUGGUACAUUCCACAUUCUUGAUUGAUCUGAGAAAAGAGGCAUCAGAUAAGCUGGCAUUUUAUCCCCCACACCAAGACUAUACCUGGACCUUUGAUGAUAUCAUUGUUCUUGCCUUCUCAAGUCGCCAAGCUGACGUUCAGAUGUACAUUUGCAACAGAGAACAUUACGGUUACCUUCCUGUGCCGCUGAAGCCACACCAGUUGCUAGAAGAUGAAGCUGACAAUAUUGUUCAUGUGCUGAGUGAAGCGAUGAUUGACCAUCCUCCAAUUGAACCCUCCAAGUUUGUCACAGUUCCUCUGAAACACCCUGAGAAGAUGGGAUUUGAUGAGAUUUUUAUGAUCAAUCUGAAGCGUCGGAAAGACAGACGGGAUCGAAUGUUGCGGACUUUAUAUGAACAGGAAAUUGAAGUCAAGCUAGUGGAAGCUGUGGAUGGAAAGAUGCUGAAUACAAGCCAGCUGAAAGCUCUAAAUAUAGAUAUGCUUCCUGGUUACCAGGAUCCAUACUCUUCUAGAGUGCUGACCAGAGGAGAGAUUGGCUGUUUCCUUAGCCACUAUUAUAUAUGGAAGGAGAUAGUAAGCAAGGAGAUGGAGAAGUGCCUAGUCAUUGAAGAUGACGUACGCUUUGAGCAUCAGUUCAAAAAGAAGCUCACAAAGUUAAUGGAUGACAUUGAGAGAGGACAGCUUGACUGGGAUCUUAUAUAUAUAGGUCGGAAACGGAUGCAGGUGGAGCGUCCAGAAAAGGCUGUACCCAAUGUGAUGAAUCUUGUGGAAGCUGAUUACUCUUACUGGACACUGGGCUACGCGAUCUCCUUGCAAGGAGCUCAGAAGCUAAUUGGAGCUCAACCUUUCAGCAAGAUGCUCCCUGUAGAUGAAUUCUUGCCGGUCAUGUACAACAAGCACCCAGUUGCCAAAUACAUGGAACAUUAUGAACCUAGAGAUCUGAAAGCUUUCUCUGCAGAGCCUUUGCUGAUCUAUCCAACGCACUACACUGGACAACCAGGUUACCUCAGUGACACAGAGACAUCCACAAUCUGGGACAAUGAGACUAUGGCCACUGAUUGGGACAGGACACUCUCCCGGAAAUCACGGCAACAGGGCCAGAUCCAUAAAGAUGCCCAGAACAAGAAUGCCUUGCCACCUGGACCUUCCCUUGAUGCGUCAUCCACCAGAGAUGAGCUAUGAUUGUUGACUGGAUCAGCUACAAGUUACUGGAAACAUCAGUGGGAUUUCUAGAACUUCCAGAGAGAUACUGAUAGGCUAUCUUGCUUGGCAAAAUAGUUUGAUAUGACUUACUUGAACUAAGCAGGUGCUUGUCUCAUUUUUGCAGGAUGCAUGGAUGAACCUGACUGAAUCAAAGGUAGUAUACUUUAAAACAAGAGAUUAAAAGGAGCUCUGGUUUUUGCUGAUUGGCUUGUACUAAAGGAAAUUCUAUAGAGCUGCUGGAGGACUCUAAAAGGAAAUGAGGUUAUACUCAGGACAAAGGUUCCUCAAGCAAUGUCUUUCUAAUUCUUGGUUUAGAAUUAUUGUAUUUAUAAAAAGUAAUAUAUACAAGAGUUAGGAAGGGUCUACCAAGUUUUUCCGUGUUGAUUAUUGGUCUAUUGCCUGCUGCAUUGCCUGAAUUCUUGCUGGUUUUGAUUUUGUGAACCCUGAAGCAGAAAUGUUAGAAUAUUCCCCAUUUCUAAGGUUAAAUGCUAAAUAGUAUCUUAUGUCUUGAAAUUAUCAGACAAGGUUUCCUUCAGGUUCACCAUAUGAAUUCCCACUGACAUUAUUUGGUUUCAUCUUUAAUCAUAAGCUAUGAACAACAACUCGUUUAUCAUGAGAAUUUCUGGAGUUUUUAAUAUUAAUUUUUAAUAUUUAUCAAGAGUUUUCCAUCUUUAUCCUUCACAUCUUCAUGAAAUUUAGUGAAGAUCUCUACUAAAUGAAAAACUAAGAAUUGAACAGCCUGUAAAUAGACCACACAUUUUCCUCGCUCCCAGCCAGCAGCUGGGAGCGAUGUGCAUCCUGAUAGAAAAGAAUAUAGGUAGCUCAGGGCUGAACGGUGGAGUCCUCGGUGUCAUAAUCAGAGGAUGUUACCUAGUUGGGUAAUGAAAUGUCUCCAAACAACCAAGCUCAGAGAGCAUCACGGACUCCAUAGCAUGUGGAUAGAUUCCAUUCAGGGGUGGGUUCUACUUACCUUUACUACCGGUUCGCAACAGGAGCGUGCGCGUGUUUCUGCGCAUGCACAGAUCGUCCAUUAUGAUGUCCGGAUGGAUGGGCAGAGCCUCCCACCGCUUUUACUACCGGUUCACAAGAACCCGACAGAACCGGGAGCAACCCACCAAUGGUUCCAUUACAAACUGGAUUUGAAGGGUAAAAGUUAAAUAUCCUUUUAAACAGGGUGCUCAUUGAUAGUUUUUGAGACACACUUUCAGUCGCAAAUGGUACUGUUGCCUGCAGUAAAGCUCUCAGUCAUUUAUGCUUUAUGCUUUUAUGACAGAGGAGGAAUUUCAGCCCACAUCUGUAAAUUCAGGCUGAGUGUAUGGAGAUAAAUAAUGAAUAAUGGAUUUGAAAAUAAUAAUUUCCUUUUCCAACCCCUGAAAAAUCGGAUGAUAUUAAGCGUUUUGAUGUAAUCAUUGCGUCUCUUUGAUGUCAUUUGCAUGUGAACUAUACUGAAGGACACGUGGCUAGUCUUUUCUUUUUAUGAUGCUCAAACUUCAUCGUUUGAAAUGAGCUGUAAUAUUCGCUCUACUGAACAGCAUCUCCGUAUGCAAAGCCUGCAUUUUUAGAAUCACCUCCCUCCCACAUAAAAGUUGUCUGCGUUCAUUUACUUCAAGGCUUUUGUUUGUUUGUUUGUUGCUAAUGGAGACUUCUGAGCUGAAUAGGGAAAAAAAACAUUCUGAACCAAAAUGUUUAAAAAGAUAAUCAAAAGAAUCUCUAUGUGUUGAACUUGCUACAGAUUUUCUACCCAGGAAUUGCUGUUCUUAGAAGAAAUAACAGUACAAUUGUAUGUUUUUCUAAAAGACACGUGUGCAGCUUAUCAGCUGGUCUGAUAAUAUAUAUAGCAAUGAGUGCAAUGAUUUGGUGUCUUGGUCAUUUAUUUAUGACUUUAACAUAGCAUCGUAGAUUGGAGUGAUCUGUGGGAAUAGGAAACUGGUUUGAAGCUUUAUCUAUCUAAAGAUAAAAUGCUUUGAAUUCUGAACCUAUAGGAGGUUGCUGCCCUGUAACACUUUUGUUACUACUGGUACAUUACAUUAUAACCAACAAUAACAACCUGAUUCUAAUACUUUCCAAUGUUCCCUUACCAUGCCCCAAAUUAAGAAAAGUCCUCCUGGUCAUUUUUUGUUAUACUUUAUAUCAUUUUAAAAACAAAAUUCCAAUGUUCAGAGGAAUAAUGGGGCAUAAUAUUUAGGAUCAAAUAGGUGAAAUUGCAACAGAAAAAAUUAAUGAGAGGUAGAGUGAUUAUUUUUUUUAAAAAAAAUCUGAAUUUCCAAGUCUGUACCUGAUGUUUUAUAUAUUUCUCGGCAAAAUAGGCUUUGGGUAUAUUUCAUGUAUUUCAGGGCUGUCAAACUCCCGGCCCAUGGGCCGGAUGCGUCACACACUGGCCACACCCAUGUGUUUAGCGAAGGGGGGGGGAAGUCUCGAUAUGUCACGUGACGACAUGACGACGUAAGUUUGACACCCCUGAUGUAUGUUGUGCCAUUGUUUUUCCUUUUCUAUUACAAUUCAUAAAAACAAUAAUUGGGGAGGGGGGGAUGUGGUGGAUCAAAAUACCCUUUUCGGAAACAGUUUACAUUAUGAUAAAGUAGCCUAGAGAAAUCAAAUGGGGAAAGAAAGAACGUAACAUCUGCUGCCAUCAGGAAUAAUUAACAGAGAGGAUGUGUGUUAAAGAAGCGGGUGUUAUAUCAUACUUCUUUGAUCCUUUGGGGUUUUUUUUAAGAAGCAGUUCUGUUUUCUAUGCAAUCUAUGUUCCUACAAUUUUAGCACCAUAUGUUUUAUACCAGGAAAUGAAUAGCCAGUUUAUUAAAGGAAAGGGUGAUGGACAGAAGAUGAACAGAAGAUUGCUAUGCUAGCAAACAUUGAAAUAAUGGAGGGCGUUUUUUAAAGUCACCUGUGUGAUACAAUGAAAAUUUGUCAGGAGGGGGGAUCUGAACCAACUCAAAAUCUUCUCAUCCCCAGUCAGAAGUAAAGUUUUAUAUGUUUAUUAUGGCAGUUAUAAAUCUGCUUCAGAUUUAUGGAUGUAUUGUAACUGCAGUUCCUACUGAGCUUGUCCAGAGACUGGAUAAAAUUCCCUGAGUUAGUUUCAGCAUAUUUGGGAGACCCCAACGUACGGAUAAUCAUGUGGGCAGAAAUCUAAUGCCAGCAGUAGGGAGGUGUGAAAAUGUUGGGAUGUGGGGGGAACAAAGGCAGCCUCAGAUCACAUGGUCCCAAGAUCUUUCAUCCAUUAAAUAAAUUCCAGAAAUGAAUUAAUCCUCUAAACUGGACUGAGGCUUAUGUAUCUAACUUUUCUCUCAUACUAAUUGGAAUUGGGAAGGAGAGAAUAAAUUGAGAAAGAGUCUAGUACCAAACAUUCCUCCUAUCCUAGCAACCAGGAGCUAAAAAGGCUUUGUAAGGCGUGAUGGAUCCUAUUUUAUACUCAACCACAUAGGACUGGAAGUUUAUAAUUCUGUAGUACAGUGCUAUUUAGUAUUCACAACCCAGCUGAAUUCAUUAUUCAAAGCACUACCAAAUCAAGAGGUAAAAUAAUUCUUGAAACACUGGAAUUGAUGAGAU